CCCACAUUCACGCCCACCCACGACCGCCGCCGCCAACAUUGGAUCCGCCAGCCGCAGCCUCGUCGCACUAACCCCCAGCGCCUCGAGCGUGGCCGUGUCUCGCGCCGCCCAACUUCUUGCUCUUCGCCUUUGCAUCACCCGCCGCUGCCAUCUGCGCCGCCAACCCUCCCCUCCUUCCUCUCGUCUAAGCGACCAAUCCAGCAGCGCUCGUCGACGCCGCGACGCUCGACUCCCUCCUCCAUCGUCGCCCGCUGCCAAUUGCCUCGCCUACACCGUCCACGGGCGUGCCUCCGUCAUCGCCGGCUUCCCCGAGGGGACCCUUCCUAACUAGAGUUCCGGUGUGGUGUUUGACGCCUCAGUCACAAUGGCGCCCCAGUCUGGUGAGUUCCAACCUCCCUUGCAUACCUGUCCGCCCGCCGCCCUCUGCCUCUCCGUCUUUUUCUACCUGCCGCGCCUCGCCUCGCAAUUUGUACCUGGCAGUCGUUCGUACGAAGUAUUCGUACGACGCAAUGCAGUGCGCUCACAGCGGUUUCGUCCUGUCCUGCGCAUGACGAGGAGCCAUCGCCGCCUCAUUGUGCCCGUGCCCAUCCGUGUCCCUUUCCAUUUUCCUUUGCUUUACUCUCGCCCCCAACCGCGUCCAUGCCUCCCAAGAGAAAGUUUGCUGAGGUCGAAACCGCGCCAGCCGUGCCUCCGUCGCUGCCGCCGUCGGUCGAGGAGGCCUAUCGUCGGAAAUGCGUCCAGCUCAAGAACCGCACAAACGAAGUCGAAGAUGCCAAUGACGCCGCUCGGCUGCGUCUCGCCCGGAUAAAGCGACAGGUCGAGAAGCUGAGGAUAGAAAGGGCAUUCUUGCUUGAGCAGCUGGCCAAGCGUACGAGCACAAAUGUCGAGGAUUCCGAGGGCAGCCCGAGCCCUCCGCCCACGGUAUGCCGAACCCAAUUCUCUCUCUCCCCCCCUGGCGACACUUGGGCAGCGCUUCGCGCCUCCGCGGUGCUCCUCCCUUGCGCAACCCCGCGCCUGCCUACCCGUUAAAACCUCGCUCUGAUGGAAACAAGCCGCCCACAUCUAGACACGAACUGGAUGCUAACCCCCGGAAGCCCAAGGACAAGCCUCUGCGCAUCAAGAGGGGUCACCGCAAGUCCGCUGUCAACGAUGCCGAUUCCAAAGCUGGCGCCGCGGGCUCCUUCAAGGAGCCGGGGUCCCCCGGCUCGGAGGCCCAGUCCCAUCCGCCUGAGGGCCAGUCCAAGGGCAGCAAGUCUACGGCCAACGGCGUGGCCAAGUCAUCCAAGAAAUCAGUGAGCGCCUUUGACGUAUACAGCGCGGAGAAGCGCCCGGACCUCGAGGACAAGAACAAGGACGGAGAUGCAAAUAUCGACGAAGACCUUGCGCGAGACUGGGAAGAGCUGCCCGACGACGCUAAGAGCGAAUAUCGAGCCAAGGCCAAGGAGCAGUCUCGCGAGUUGCUCGAGAAGGAGGACUCUAAGGAUGCCGAGGACUCGGGCAAGAAGGCGGACAAGGAUGAUGCCGAUGUGGACGGCGACGGCGACGGCGACGGCGACGGUGAGGGUGAGGGUGAGGGUGAGGGUGAGGGUGAGGGUGAUGGUGAAGGUGAAGGUGAUGGCGAAGGUGAUGGCGAAGCGGAAGGUGAAGGCGACGGCGAAGGCGAAGACGACGGCAAGCCCGACACCCAGGAUGAAGACGUGGAGAUGGCCAACUACGACACGGAGGACCAAGAAACCCAAAUGGACAAGGACGGUGAUGAAUAGAAGUUUGCCGGUCUUGUCGGUAGGCUAUGCGGAAUGGGACUGGGCUGGGCGUUAACAUGAGGCGAUGCAACGGGACGGACGCAAUGGUAUCACGCAUCUUUUUUUCUUUCUUUGUUUCUUUCUACGUAAGCGACAGUGGGCUCUUGACCGCAGCCGCAUAAGGAAGAGUGGCUUUGUACCUUGCCAUGCCGAUGCUUCUAUUUGAAUCCUGUACGUGUCUAUACCUCGCGUACGUCUCGAUCAAAAGUCUAUGCCCGG